AUGGCUCCACAAGACGCCUCAGCUGAUGCUCUUUCGCGGUAUCCUGUUAACCCUGCAUAUCCUGUAAACUUACCUGAAACUGAGCUUAUAGAACUUGGCCCAUUAGAUAUUAGUCCUUUUAAUGCAGAAGUAGGUGAUUUCAGUCCUUUUAAUAUUCCAAGCCCAGUGAAUUUACCAGAUCCUUUUCUUCCCGUAGAAGAAGUACCACAUUGUGAUAUUCCCAAUCCUUCUGAUUCUUCCAAUCCUUUGGAAACUUUAGAUAAAAACCUAAAUCCUGAACAAGAAAACGAACAGCUUUCCUCUAGUAAUCAACCUCCUGAAAUAAUCCCUUCUCCUACUCUGAACUCACCUGAUUCUUCAGAUACUUAUUCAAAGUUCUUGAAAGUGCCUUCUACAGUAACAUUUGAUACAGUGAAAAUAAAAGAAAAUCGAACUCAUAAAAUAACUAUCGCGAGUAUUCCUGCUCUGUUCCUGAACUACCUGGGAAACUUCAAUUCUCUGAAACGCCGCAUCCUGAGGUGGCAAUGUUCCUGCACAUUUUCUACGUCUUCCUCAGCUGAUGCUCUUUCGCGGUAUCCUGUUAACCCUGCAUAUCCUGUAAACUUACCUGAAACUGAGCUUAUAGAACUUGGCCCAUUAGAUAUUAGUCCUUUUAAUGCAGAAGUAGGUGAUUUCAGUCCUUUUAAUAUUCCAAGCCCAGUGAAUUUACCAGAUCCUUUUCUUCCCGUAGAAGAAGUACCACAUUGUGAUAUUCCCAAUCCUUCUGAUUCUUCCAAUCCUUUGGAAACUUUAGAUAAAAACCUAAAUCCUGAACAAGAAAACGAACAGCUUUCCUCUAGUAAUCAACCUCCUGAAAUAAUCCCUUCUCCUACUCUGAACUCACCUGAUUCUUCAGAUACUUAUUCAAAGUUCUUGAAAGUGCCUUCUACAGUAACAUUUGAUACACUAAUCCUUUAUAAAAUACGGCUACACCGGCGCGUGCGCAUCAUUGUUUCAGUUGACAUGGGGUCGUGUAAGGCGAUAGGCAUAACCGUUAUCGUCCUAGUUGGACUUGGAUUGAUCGCAGGUAUUAUUACCUUGGCGGUGCUAUAUACGAAUGACUCUUCGCCGCCUCCUCCAGAGCUCAAGCCGCUGGACUGGUGGCAACAUUGCACGCUGUACCAAAUCUAUCCGCGAUCUUUCAAGGACAGCGAUGGAGAUGGCAUUGGAGAUUUAAAAGGUAUAACCCAGGAAUUGGAACACUUCGUGGACGCUGGAGUGGAUGCUAUAUGGAUGUCGCCGAUCUUUGCAUCUCCAAUGGUAGAUUUUGGAUAUGACAUCAGUGACUUUUACAAGAUUCACCAUGAGUAUGGAACUAUGGAAGAUUUCGAGGAACUUUUAGCCAAAGCUCAUGAAUUAGGAAUUAGAGUUCUUUUGGACUUCGUGCCCAAUCAUGCCAGCAAUGAAUCAGAUUAUUUCAUACAAUCUGAACGAAGGAACGCGACCUACGAAGACUACUUCAUUUGGGAUGACGGAUUGCCAGAUCCCAAUAAUGCUACCAAUAGGUUACCACCCUCGAAUUGGGUAAGCCAAUUUGGAGGAUCGGCUUGGGAAUGGAGUCACAUUCGUCAGCAAUUCUAUCUUCACCAAUUCGCUAUCCAGCAAGCUGACUUCAACUUCAGGAACCCAGCGGUACGCACCGAAAUGAUAAGGAUUAUGAAAUUCUGGCUCGACAAAGGCGCUGAUGGUUUCAGGGUUGAUGCUCUCCCAUAUUUAAUAGAAGCAGAUCCAGCAGACCAUGGUGGAAGAUACCCAGAUGACCCACUAAGUGGAAUCAUUCAUUUCGAACCUCACCAAUUAGGGUACACCAUUCCACUCUACACCAAAGAUCUGAUUGAAUUAUACGACGUUGUAUACGAAUGGAGAGAAUUCAUAGAUCGAUAUUUAGAGGAUAACGGAGGAGAUACUCGAGUGAUUUUCUCGGAGGGCUACGCUAAUGUGACCAUGACAAUGCUCUACUAUGGCAACGACGAGGGAGAACUUGGAGCUCAUUUCCCCUUCAACUUUGACUUUAUUACAGACCUAUCUUCUAAAUCAAACGCUAGAGAUUUCGUCUACAUCAUUCUCAGAUGGCUGACUUACAUGCCCCAUGGAGCAACACCAAAUUGGGUGUUCGGUAAUCACGACAAUAACAGAAUGCCAACACGAUUCCGUGAUAAUAUGGUAGAUGGUUUAAACGCCCUAAAUAUGUUGCUGCCUGGUGUCGCUGUAACCUACCAAGGAGAAGAAAUCGGAAUGAAAGACGGCUAUGUUAGCUGGGAAGACACUGUCGACGUGGAAGCAAUCAAUCGUGGAGAUGAAGACACUUAUAUGCUAUAUUCACGAGACCCAGCCAGAACACCGUAUCACUGGAAUAACUCGACCAAUGCAGGAUUUUCUACCGCGAACAGAACGUGGUUACCAGUUGCUGAGGAUUACAAGGAAAAUAAUUUAGCUAGACAAAAAGAAGAACCAAUUAGCCAUUUCAAGGUUUACCAAGCGCUAACAGCUCUUCGUCCGGAAAAAGCACUAUCUCAUGGAGAGUACAUUAUAAGGGCAUUAUCGGAUCGCACCCUGUACUUGGUGAGAUAUUUGAGGACAUAUGACACCAUUGUACUGCUUUUCAACGUAUCAGAUGCUCCUGAUACCAUUAUACUAGAAAGAGUGAUGCAUUUAAAACUCCCAGCUACUGUCUACGUGACUAGCGUACAUUCACAGAGGAAAGCAGGUGAUGUGAUUGACGGAAGAGAACUCAGACUGGAAGCCGGUGAGGCAUUAAUAUUAAAGGCUGAACCUGUAUCG